GUCGCGGUCGGUCGCUUUUUGAUGAUGUAAGCCAAGCGUCGGAGGCGAGCGGGAAUGUUUGCGUCAUUCGUGCGCGCCCCAAAGCAUCCUGACAAGCCGCAUGGCUGCGGGCUCUGUGGAGUCGCAGCGGCCCAAGGCGGCCUCCGAGAGGCCCGUGGCGGGUCAGGCCGGGAUUCUGCCUUGCCUGGAGCUGCCGAGCUAUGCCGCGGCGUGUGCGCUGGUAAGCAGCCGCUAUUCCUGCUUGGUGGCCGCCCCGCACCGCAGGCACAUCGCCCUGUCGCCCCGCUACCUGAGCAGGAAGCGCACGGGCAUCCGCGAGCAGCUGGACGCCGAGCUCCUGCGCUACUCCGAGAGCCUUUUAGGUGUUCCUAUUGCAUAUGAUAACAUCAGAGUUGUGGGUGAACUGGGAGAUAUUUAUGAUGAUCAAGGACACAUUCAUCUUAACAUUGAAGCCGAUUUUGUUAUUUUCUGCCCUAAACCAGGGCAGAAACUGAUGGGUACAGUUAAUAAAGUGUCCUCUAGCCAUAUUGGCUGUUUAGUACAUGGAUGUUUUAAUGCUUCUAUCCCUAAGCCUGAGCAGAUGUCAUAUGAGGAGUGGCAAACAUUGGAGAUAAAUGUAGGGGAUGAACUGGAAUUUGAUGUGUUUCGCUUAGACUCAGAUUCUGCUGGAGUAUUCUGCAUUCGAGGAAAACUAAAUACCACAAGUUUGCAGCAUAAGGGCUCUGUAGUUUCUGAAGAUGUAGAAGAAACUGUCAUUGAAGAGGUUGUUGAAAAAAUUCCAAAGAAGAAAAAGAAGAAAGACAAAGACAGAGAAAUCUGUGCAACAGUGGAAAGUGUUACAGAGGUAGCAGAUGUUACAGAUGCUACUCCAGAGGAAGAAGCAGGCCUGCCGUGUAGUGAUAAUGUGAAUGACUUCUUUGAGGAAGAGCCAAAGAAGAAGAAAAAGAAGAAGAAAAGGCACCAGGAAGAUCAGGACCCCAUUUUCCAAGCCAGUGACUCAAGUGGCUACCAAAGUGACCAUAAAAAGAAAAAGAAGAAAAGAAAACACAGUGAAGAGGCUAACUGAGUCACCUAAGAAGAGACAGUAAUUGUCUUUUCUAUUGUUAACAUAUUCAGAUAUACAGGUGAAUAGAUUUUUUGAAUGGUAGGAAAUGCUGAUAGGAAAUUCACAAACAAAUACUUGAUUGGAGGGUUUUGUACUAAAAUCAUACAACUGAUUAUAUAAAUUUUGGAUAAUACCAGUAUUAUUAUAGUAUUAUUUUAUUACAGUAAAGGGGAAAUGUUAACAAAUGUUUGUUACCUUGACUCAUAUUGUUAAUGUUCUACGUAAAAUUUUACAUUCUCAACAUCUGCCAAAGAACUUUAUGCUUUCAAUUUUUUUCUGAUAAUAAAUGUUGUCUUUAGCCAGAACAUUUUUUUUAAAAAGCACAAUACAUUUACUAAGUUUAAAUUUUCCUUAAACAGUACUUCUAUUUUAUUUAAAAUGUAUACCUAAGGAAGAUUAUCUAGAACUCUUACAUACCCUGUGACUGUCUGUUGAAUGUGUGGUGGGCGGAAAACUCAUUGUCCGUCCCAGAGGGUGUACAUGUGUUCUUGAAUUCCGAGACUGUUAUGGGAAGGGCUGUUAAUUUCUACUUUGUGUUUCAAUAGUUUUUAUUUUGUUAUAUAGAUCAUGAGCAAGGUGAAGAUGGGAUAAAUGUGGUUCUUGCUAGUUGAAAAUCUCCAGCAAGCUUUUAAUGAUUAGGGGUGUUCUAGACUUGUUUGAGGAGGAGCUCCACAGUCAUUACUGCUUUCACUGAUAAAUGUGGGAUGUGUUAUGCCUAACCAGAAGGUUGUAGUGAAGAUGAGUUGGUUGAGGUUCAUAAUCAACCCAUAGCCAGGCAUUUACAGGCACUUAAUAGCUGUAAUGUGUUUUAUUGAGGCCAAAGGAUAUAAAAAUCAAGUUAAUGUUCAUUUCUCCGUGAAGCAAAAUGGGAGAAACACUUGUGUGCACACAGCCUAAGUGAGGAAAUAAAACAGUAAUUGUAAAUACCAUGAAGAAAACAUUGAUCUCCUUAGUUAGUACCUGGAAACAGACGGGCGUAGGGUUGACCUUCCAUCUCAGUCAUUGCUGUGUCACUGACUGGCAGACAUAGUGUGAGCAUCAAUUUACUAUUUGAUAAGGAGUAAAUUUUGGCAACCAUGUUUCCUGAUUUAAUGUAUGGUAUAUAGAGCAUAAAGAAUGCAGCAAUGUAAUGUGUACAGGUAGAUCUGACCAACAGAGGAAAGGUACAAACCAACAUCUUUCACUCAGGAUACUUGAAAUUUUUAUGUGGCUUUCAGGUCCCUUCUUAAACUGUGACUAUUCCAAAUUAACAUGCCUUGUCUCAGUACAAAAUAUGAGAUUUUAAAUUAAAGAUAUUUUAAAAAAUACAAAGAAUACUGCAAUACAGUUGUCUUUCCCUCCUUUUACCUCAUCCCUCCUGUUCCCAUACCUACCCACUCCCCCACCCACUCUCCUUCCUCCAUCCAUCCUUGAUGUCUAUUAAAAAAUGGAGUACAGACCUAGACAGAAUUCUUGGCAGGAAUCUCCAGUGGUGGAGAAGCACUUAAAGAAAUGCUCAACACCCUUAGUCAUCAGGGAUUGUAAAUCAGAACAACUCUGAAAUUCUGUCUUACACCUAUCAAAAUGGCUAAGACAUUAAAAACAAAACAAAACAAAAAACCUCAAGCAACAGCUCGUACUGAUGAGAAUGUGGAUGUGGAUCAAGGGGAACACUCUGAUGGGGGUCCAAACUUACAACUGCUUUGGAAGUAACUUUGGUGGUUUCUUAGAAAACUGGGAAUAGAUCUACCUCAAGACACAGCUCUGGGACAUAUACCCAAAAGAACCACUACCAUAUCACAAGCAUUUGCUCAACUAUGUUCAAAGCAGCUAUUCAUAAUAGCCACUGGAAACAACCCACAUGUCCUUCAACUGAAGAAUGCAUAAAGAAAAUAUGGUUCAUUUACACAAUGGAAUAGUACUCAGCUAUUAAAAACAAUGACAUCAUUAAAUUUGCAAAUGGAUGGAAUUAGAAAAGAUCCUGAACCCAGAAAGACAAACAUAGUCUGUAUUCACUUGUAUGUGGAUUUUAGUACAGGAUAACUGCUAUAAACCACAGACCCAAAGAUACUAAGCAUGGAAGACCCACGGGGGACACGCUCAUAUCUCAUUGAGAAGGGGAAAUAGAAAAUUUAACUUUUUUUGCUUAACACUUUUGCUAAGUAAAAUAUUAAUUUUAUCCUGUUUCCAGUUUAUUUUUUCUCAGUGGUUAAGUAAGAUCAUAGAUGAAACUUAUUACAUUACUUCAGACAAUGCUUUUCAAAUGAAUUUGUAAGUUGAAAGGGAUUGUAAUGCUUGUUUUGUCAGGAUUUGAUGUAACAUAUCUAGAAAAUGUUCAAUAAAUCCUUCAUAUUUUAGGAGUUGAAUUUGUGAUUAUAUUUAGCACAGUAUGGUAAGUCACAUGAUUCUAGCCUUCCAUGAACACCAAAACAACAUGUCAAAUUUAUCUAUUGAUAAAAAAAUAGAUUAGCAAGAAUAACUAAAUUACCACAUUUUAAUACUCAAACGAUAUUCUUGAGUUUUAGAAGACUUUGCUUGUUUGGAGUGGUGAUCCCCAGGGCUUCCCAUCCUCAUCCUCAUGAGUGAAAAGUUUUCUCUGCACAAUUGCAACAUUGCACAAGGGCCUGAGCAGAUAAAAUCUAAUCACAGCAGCCUUUCACAAUCAAAGUUAUCUGCACCUUGUGGCAGAAGAAGAAUUGAGAGAAGUAGGUGUGAGAAAAAUUUGGUGGGAGACUCCCUUACUGUAGAUGGAGGGGAUCCUGGAACCCAAGGGUAAAGAGCUAAGAUCUUCCCUGGCCAACAGACAGCAGGAAAUGGUCCUGUGUCGGCAAAGAACUGAAUUCUGGAAGUGGCAAGAAUGAGUCACAAAGCAGAACACCUUGUCCCAGGUUCUUGAGUUAAACAUUAGCUAGACCUUGAUGUAUAUGGGCAAGGAGCCCCCCUGUACCUUGUAUGUUCCUGUAUGUGCAUGUGUGUGGAAGCCAGGGAUUAGCAUUGGGUUCUUCCUCAGUCUCUCCUGCCUAGUUUUGGAGAUGGUUUUACUGAAUCAUGAGUUCACAGAUUCAGCUGGGCAGUCUGACCAGUAUCUUCCUGUCACCAUAUUUCCAGUUGCUGGGAUUAUGGGUACAUGCCACAGCCCCCAGAUUUUCUGUGAGUGCUGGGGAUUAAGCUGAGGUCCUCGUGUUAGAUAGCUGUUACUGUAGGGGACGAGUCAUCUCUCCAGCCCCACCUUAUCAGUUUUCAGACAAAACAAAAUUCUAUGAAUUGAUUAGUUUUCCUAGUUAUUUAUCUUGUAUAGUGGUGUUAAAUUUUUGUCUAUUAUGGCCAUUCAUAGGGAAUUUGUUAAAUGAUUUUUUAAAUAAAGUUCUAAUUGGUUCUUAUA